AUGGACACGGAGCAAAAAGAAUCACAAAACUCUCUGGCUUCAGACUCCAAUUUGCCCUCGACCACGUCUGCCAGGGGUCGUCAUGACCAACCUGACACUGGGAACAUGUCUGUCGAUGCCGACGCCUCGUCCCGUCGAAAUGUCUCGGCCUUUAGGAGUCUCGGAAUACUCGACCGUUUCCUUGCGCUUUGGAUAUUUCUGGCCAUGGCCAUUGGCAUCAUGCUGGGCAACUUUGUCCCCAACAUGGGGCCUGCGCUGCAACGAGGCAAAUUUGUCGGCGUAUCGGUACCAAUUGUGAUGAUGUACCCCAUCUUAUGCAAGGUUCGAUACGAGUCUUUACACAAACUCCUCGCACACAGGAGUAUUUGGAAACAAAUAUGCUUCAGCAUCUUCGUGAACUGGAUACUUGCACCUUUCCUCAUGCUUGCGCUGGCCUGGGCCUUCCUCCCUGACAAGAGCCAUCUCCGCAUUGGCCUGAUCCUCGUAGGACUUGGGAGAUGCAUCGCCAUGGUUCUCAUAUGGAAUGGCCUUGCUGGCGGUGACGACGAAUACUGCGCAAUCCUCGUCGCCAUCAACUCACUCCUGCAAAUGGUCCUUUUCGCACCUCUUGCCGUCUUCUUUAUUAGUAUCAUCUGUGGGGAUCCAGGAACACUGAACAUUUCCUACCAGAUCAUUGCAACCAGCGUGGCAGUCUUCCUUGGUAUUCCGCUUGGGGCAGCUGCUGUUACACGCUUUCUACUUCGUGCAACCGCGGGUGACGAGUGGUUUCAGCAUGUCUUUGUUCGAUUUGCCUCACCGUGGUCCCUUAUUGGCCUUCUCUAUACAAUUCUUGUAUUGUUCGCAUCUCAGGGUCACCAGGUCGUUCACCAGAUCGUGUCAGUCCUGCGGGUCGCCGCGCCGCUGGUGGUCUAUUUUGUCCUGAUCUUCUUGGCCACUUUAUCGACUUGCCGACUCCUCGGCUUCAAGUUCCCUCUUUUGGUAACACAAAGUUUUACGGCGGCAAGCAACAACUUUGAGUUGGCGAUAGCCGUGGCCGUGGCGACGUUUGGUCCCGACAGCGACCAGGCAUUAGCUGCCACCGUCGGGCCCCUGAUUGAGGUCCCUGUCCUGAUUGGGCUGGUAUAUACCGUUCGGUGCAUGUCGAAUCGAUGGGGUUGGAAAUAA